AUGACUUCAGGGUUUCUUAUAAUUAUUGCGAAGCUGAGUGAUAUAUUUGGACGUAAGAACUUCAUAGUUCUUGUGCUAGGCAGCUUUAUUGCUUUUUCGAUUGGCUGCGGUUUCAGUAAUGAUAUGACAACACUCAUAGUUGUUCGUGCGUUUCAGGGGAUCGGUGGUGGGGGAAUGUACGCAAUGGCCUUCAUUGUUCUACCUGAAAUGGUUCCAAUAAGCAAACACGCACUGUAUACAGCAAUCUUGGCAUCAACAAUAGCGCUGGCAGGGCUAUCGGGGCCGCUGAUAGGGGGUACUGUGAACCGAAACCAUGAUAAUACUUUCGCAUGGCGAUGGAUAUUUUUAUUAAAAGAGUCCUCGAAAAAAUGGAGGGCUCUCACUGUUGAGAACUUCAAAAGCAUAGAUGUUAUUGGCUUGUUACUUCUCCUAGGGGCUUCUAUCUUGUUUGUCACCGCUUUAGAGAAGGGAGGUACACGAUAUUCUUGGUACAGCGUCAUUACACUGAGCCUGCUCAUUAUAUCUUUCGUUCUUUGGGUACUUUUCUGGACUUGGGAAUGGUAUCAAAGCAACCAUGAAACAAAGCAAGAACCAUUGGGACCUCAUUUGAGGGGAGCAGCCAUGACAACUGUGAUAAUUAACCUUCCGCAAAGAUUUCAUGUUGUGAAUGGAAACUCUCCUCUCGAAGCAGGCUAUCGAUUGUUGGCUCUGACCAUUAGCAUACCAUUUGGUUCAUUUAUAGGCGGAUUCCUUGUCCAAAAAUUAUGCAUCCCCUUUAUAUGGGUCUUGAUGGGGUUUGCACCGCUACAAAUCGCCGGUCUAGUCCUUCUUGGCUUCUCUUCAUCAAAUAAAGAUAUUUCACGCGCGAUCUACGGAUACCAGGUAGUGGCGGGACUUGGGCUCGGGGGGAGCCUGGGGGUUUCUAUUAUGAUGAUACCGUUCAUCGCAACCAAGCAAGAUAUGGCUACCCUCAAAAGAAAAGAUUUCGAAGACCAACGUGUUAUUCGGUUGGCAGCGGUAGGAAUGAGUGGCUCGGGACAGUUUCGAGCCCUUGGCGGAUCUAUAGGAAUCGCAAUCUGUACCAAUGUGCUCAAUAAUCACAUCACUUCGGCUCUUUCAUCGAUUCUCUCUCCAAUUCAACUUAACGAGCUUCUCCAGUCGACCGAAGUCCUCACGAAAUUCCCUCCCAGGCUUUUGGCCAUUACAAGAAAAGCUUACUCUGAUGCGUAUAACACUCAAAUGCUUCUUCUUGCUGCUUUUAGUGCUGCAACUUUGAUGACUACCGUACUAUUUUGGGAAAGGACACCGAGGAGAAUGACGAAAUCGUAA